AUGAAGAGGGUUGAUGGUGAUAGUUCCCUGAAGGGGUCUCCAUCUUCUUCUCUUGACAGUGGAAGUGCUUACUACUCGCAGUCAUCGACUAUGAGAGCUACCAGGCGACCCAUGGAUGACAAUCUGGUGCCUGAAAUAAGCUUGAAAUCGCCUACUGCUGUCGUAAGGCCUUAUGCCAGAUCAAAAAUGCCUCGGCUGAGAUGGACUCCUGAUCUUCACCACUGCUUUGUACAUGCAGUUGAACACUUGGGAGGAGAAGACAGAGCUACACCAAAGAUGGUAUUACAGAUAAUGGAUGUGAAGGGCCUGACCAUCUCCCACGUAAAGAGCCAUCUUCAGAUGUACAGGAGCAUGAAGCAUGAGCAGAUGAUACGAGAAGCAGCAAUGGCAGCAAGGAGAAAUGAUCAGAAGGUGUCGAACCUGAUUAACCGCCAACAAAUCAGUCAUCAGCUUAAGGAUGGGGGUUCCUCCAUUAAUCGUAAUUCGUUCCAAAAUCCAGGCUUCCGAACCCAAGAGAUGGCUUCAAAUUCCGUCCUUCCUGCACAACGGUAUCCGGUGAAUGGAAACAAAGUCAGUGACCAGUUACCAGACGCAGAAGUAGCAGAUAAGGUAUCUGAGCAGCAGAGAUCAGAUUCAUAUAUCAUCUUCAAGGAUCUACUCAACAGUUGCAUGACCCCAGAGAGGAACGGGCAAGCAAAAGUACUGGGACAACAUGGUGGUGCAGGUGCAGCAGGUUGGAAGUGCAGCAGCCAUCGAAGAUUGGUUGACUUAGCUGAUCACCAGGCAGCUGAUCAGAGAAUAUCUGAUGGCUCGACGUGUCUAUCGGCAAACUCAAAAGUUUCCCAGCCAAUGUUAAGGCUGAGCAAAGCUAAGACCCUAGAGGUGAAUGACGUUUCUCUGGAGCUCACUCUUGCUUAAGAGUAUGCACAUAAUGAUGUCUCUCUCUCUCUCGUAUGGAAUAUCAAAAAGUUCCUUUUACAGUGU